AUGUUACCGGUCGAAGAGCUGUUUCAGCGGCUCGGACAAGGCUCCAGCUGGCUGCAUGUGACUUUGAUGAUCACAUCGCUGUUCACGUUUCAAUUUGCUCAUCACAUUUUUGUUUCCAGAUUUGUUUUCAGCUCAAAAUUGUAAGUUUUACAUCUUUAUAUGUUUUGUGGUCUUUUGGUUGGCAAUAUUAAUAAUUAAUUGAAAAAUCUAUUAUCCAUGAUGGUAUUUCGAAUUUAUCUAAAUUUUAUAUUUUAGUGCAAAAGUCGUCUUGUUCUUUACCGAAGUGUUCUUUCUGUGUUUGUGUCCAGCUUUGGUGCACACUUACUGGUCCUAUCAUAUUCCGUAUGUUAUCUUUGGCUUCAUUUGUUUCGGCAUUUCACUUGGAUUGGCUGUUAAACCGAAAUUCGAUCCGGCUAGUGUUAAGAGGCCAUUUCAGGAUGUUAAGUAAGUUAGUUUAGAUUUUAAAGCUUAUAAAAAAACUUUUGACAGUAUUUUUUUGUAUUUGGUGUAUGAAAUUUUUGGUUUUCGUUGAUUUAUCUUGCAAUAGGUAUUAAAAAAUAAUCAUAAACAUGGUUUUGGCCAUAACUUUCUUCGUAAAGUAAGGGAGGCUGGCAUUUUUGAGAAAUAUAACGUAAAUUUAUGUACAAAAUAAUCAUUAAAAGAUUUUUAUGAAAUUUGCAAACUUGUUUAUAUUACAGUACUUCUACCCUAACACAAAUUUUUUAAAACUUUUACGAUUUUAGGAAUGUUGUGUUGAUGACAACAUGCAUGGUGAUCACUGCAGUCGAUUGUCCUCGUCUCUUCGAUGUUCGCUUUAUGAAAACAGUACAAUAUGGGUACUCGGCAAUGGAUGUGGGUACAGGACUGUUUAUUGCUUUGAGAGCUCUACAUGAUGCAAGACCGAACAAACCUCCGAGUUUUGGAAAGAAGAUUGUUGGAAGAACUCCGAACUUUGUUUUGUUUGGUGUGGUCGGCAUUGCCAGAAGUAUUUUCAUCGCUGUUUCUGGGUAUUAUCAAGACAUGAUGGAGUAUGGAAAACAUUGGAAUUUCUUCUUGACUCUGUUGUUUGUUGAGGUGCGUCAAUCUUUCGGUCAUAAAUAAGUCAAAAUUAUCCUAAGAUGCUGUUUUUGCUUAAUUCCAAGUAAAAACUGCGUGAUUUACAUCAGAUCUGAACAUAUAUUGUAGUAGGUUCAGCUUGUAAUUAUUUGUAAUAGAACUUUUUGGAAUUUAGAGCUUUUGAUCUCAUAAAAGUUUGUUUCAGAUUGCCAUUGUCUUCAACAAGGACUAUUUUUCGAUUUGGAUGUCGAGGAUUUCGCGUUUUCAAAUUCCGAAUUUUUCGUUUAUUGUUGGCUCGGCUUACGUCGCUCUCCUAGUCAUGGACCCAACCAUCGAGCAAUAUCUUCUUGGCAGAGAACCAGAAAGAGCUGGUGGCUUUUUUGAUCAAAACCGAGAAGGAAUUGCUUCGGUCUUUGGGUAUUUGUUCAUCUACGGCACGUUGUACGAACAUAUGAAGAGAAUUUGGUAGGUUUUUGGGAUAACUUAAUUUUGAUAAAUUUAUGUGAAAUCACUUUUUGUUACGAUAUUGAAAGUUUUAUGUAGUAAAAAUGAGUGUUUAGUGCGCCAGAAAUUUGGCAAUACGACAAUCACGCGGUAAAAGUCUCAUCUGCUAUCAAGAACUGUGCUAAACUGGCUUCAAAUGGUGGAGUAUAUCUUGUGUUACUUUACAUUUGCACGCAAUACUAUGAUAUCCAACCGUCAAGAAGGGUCGCCAAUUUGACCUACGGAUUCUGGAUGGUAUGUUUUUGGAUUGACAGUUUUAUUUUUUAUAUUAUUUGUGUAAAUUUGAUAAUAUUUUGUUUUUGAGUGUGACGUAGUACUGAAAUGAGAUUGGUUUAAAAAAUAAUUAACUUAAAUUAGUGAUUGAAGUUUAUUAUCUUGGCUUAUAUAUAUUUUUUCAGAUGUCAAUUGCUUUCCAAGGUGCUGCUAUGGCCUUGUUUUAUCAUCAGCUUACAGCUGAUCCAAGGUAUGUUAAGUUACUAUAUAAUAUACACCUUUGUAUCGAUUUGUUAAAGUUUUUGAGCUGUGUUACAGUUAUAACCAAGGACAAAUUAGUGACAAUGACUGUAGCAAUCAAUGAUAAACAAUGAUCACAAUAUCUAUUUUUUCCAUCUUACUCUUUUCAGAAUCCUGUCAGAAGGCCAACGCCCGCUCCUCGUCCAAACUGCCAUUGAUCACAAUGGAGCAUCCGUCUUCCUCCUGGCUAAUGUACUGACUGGAUUAUCAAACUAUCUCAGAGAUCCGUUGAAUAUCUACACUGAAGCCAAGGAGUUCUCGUUGUUGAGCGCUUACUCAGUCAUCUUAUCCUUGGCCGCCUACCUUUUGGAAAGCGGUAAAACCAAGAGUGCUGCACACAAAAAGGUGUUGUUUUGUUGUUGCGUUGCCUUUUUGUUGUUUUGUAUUGAAGUGGUUAUUUUUGUGGGAGCAAAAUAUUUGUAUAAUAGGUAUUUAGCUAAUAAGUUUGCGGAAAAUAUGAAUUUGAGGGUUUAAAAUUUUUUUUGGGCCGGCUACUUUCAACUUUAGCUCAAGGCUCGUCUGACCGUAAAGCCGGGUCUAAAUUUUAGUUGAGUGCUAUUUUGAUUACUUUGGUGUGCUUUAGUAUUUUCAAAGAUUUUGUUUUAUUUUUGCAGUGUUUUGAUAUUAAGUUUUUUAUAUAAAUUUGAUUUUACAUUGCUUUUAAUUAAUUAUAUGACAAGAGUUUUAUUUUUAGCACGAACCAGUGGUUACGUCUAACUUUGAAGAAGUGUUGGGCUACGAUGAGCCUGGAAUCUUUUAUGAAGACAGCGACGGCAAGGUAGGUUAUCGUAUUUUAUAAUUUAUGUAAACUUUGAUAAUGGGAUAGUAUUGUAAAUUGGGAAGGUUAUAUAAUAUAAUAUAAUAUAAUAUAACUUAUGUUCAUCAAAGCAUGAUUAUAAAAUAUUUAUCUGCUUUUCUAUUGUAAUCUAUUGUACAGGUUCAGAUGCCAUGAGAAGGCGAUUCUUUACGCUUUUUAACCUGUAUCUUUAUCUGUUUAAACGCUUUAAAACAAUAUAUUGUUCUGUUAAGUUUAUGUUUUAUUCAACUGAUUUUACUCACUGUUCAGACUUCCUCGUCUAAUUCUUCAACCCCCAAGAAAGACGCCAAACCAUCUUCAAUUCCAAGAAGAAGUACUAGAAAGCGGGUCCAGAAGAAGUACGACUAG